CCCCCCCCUCCCCACCCCUCGCUCGGGAUGGGGUGUGCGAUCUCAGGACCGGGGCAAUACCCGGCAAGCGGGAGAGAGGACGUUGUCGCGGUGGCCAGUCUGUCCCUGAGCGACAGGCAGACGCAGCUGGUGAAGGAGACGUGGAGGCUGGUGCAGGAGGACAUCGCCAAGGUGGGCAUCAUCAUGUUCGUCAGACUGUUCGAGACACACCCCGAGUGCAAGGACGCCUUCUUCCUGUUCCGAGACAUCGAUGACCUUCAGCAGCUGAGGAAGAGCAAAGGGCUGCGAGCUCACGGUCUGAGAGUGAUGUCGUUCAUUGAGAAGACAGUGGCCAGGCUGGACCAGGAGGACCGGCUCCAGCAGCUCGCGUUAGAACUCGGAAAGAGUCACUUCCGCUACAGUGCAGCACCCAAGUACUACCCGUAUGUCGGGAAUGAAUUUAUUUGUGCAGUGCAGCCCAUCCUGAAGGAGAAGUGGACCGCGGAGGUUGAAGAAGCAUGGAAGGGCCUCUUUCACUAUCUAACCAGUGUGAUGAAAAAAGGCUACCAGGAUGAGGAGAGGGGCAGCUGCCCCAGGGAGAAGCCAAAGCAUGGCCCCAACUCUGUGUAACUCAACCAGGACCCAACGCCUUCCCUCUGUAUGUCUGGACAGUCCCAAUCAAGGAACUGUGCAUCCUCUAUGUCUAGACAGGUACAAUAAACUCAUGCACUCUCCGGGCUGGAGUUUUUUGCCUCUGUACAACUGAAUUGGCAUCACUGCAGCAAGUGACCACACACUGAAUCUCACUCAUAACCGGGGUAUUAGGGGUGAGAUGCCCGGUACCUCCAGUCCACAGCCCC